UGCGACGAGUCAGUGAUGAUUUAAAGAGUACGUAAAGUGUGACAUCCUUUCAGGCGACCCGAUAUGCUAUAGGAACAAGUUGCACGAAGAGAAAUAUGUCUGUACUGAACUGUCGUGUCUUGUAUCGAUAUCCUAUAACUUGAUCGUUGUAAAUUGGCCUCAGUUUUACGUAGAAGACGAAGGAAGAAAAUAUGCACGCGACACGAGCUGACACUUCGGAGAGGCGAUUCGAGAUACAAUGUAAAUUAGAGUCAGAAAUUGCUGCUCUGGAGGCUCUGAGAGAGGCAGAGGAACGUAGCCGACGAUUGACAAGUGGAGCAGUGGGAAUACUAUCUUCCUUGGAAGAACGUUUAGCUACACUGCGUCGUACGAUACUCCCUGUUUACAAUGAGACGGGAAAUCUCCAAGCCCAACAGCACAAUAUAGAAAAGACGUUGAGCGUGCUGGAUCACGCUAUCGGAUAUUAUGGUGUGUGUCAAGAAGUGGAAGAUGCAGUGCGCGCCGAACCAAGCGGUCCCAGCGGUUUGGACGGCUUUCUCGAAGCUAUGAACCGUUUGUACAACGCACAACGGUAUUUCCAGAAAAACAACCCCAGCUCCGUCGAAUUGGAAAAUGUCACGAGUCUUUUCUCGAUCGGCCUGGAAUUACUUUAUGCCGAGUUUCAUGAUAUUCUGACUCGCCAAAGUAAACCAAUCUUACCUAUCGUGCUCUUGGAUUUGAUCGGUUCCGACGAGGACACGAGCGGCGAGGAUGCGCCACAGUCUUUGUGUCAAUUACCAGAGAGUGUUAUGAGCGAUUUACUCAAGAUCUCUGGCUGGCUUGAGGAAAGAGGGCAUCGUAAACACAUAAAGAUAUAUGCUUCCGUGCGUUCCGCCAUUGUCUCGAGAUCCUUGCAAUUGCUCAAGGAACAUCAGAGGAGUGCCAGCGGUGGUAGUACACACGCGGGGAGUCCUAUGCCGAGAGCCAAAUUCGCGAAUCGGCACUCGCUGGGUGGUCAGGAGAACGCCGGGCGUAGAGCGUCACGCCGGCUGCAGCACGCUCUGGAGAAGAAAGCGAACAGAAUGUUGUUGAAAGCGUCGCAAACGACGGGGUUGAACCUGUCGUUGACGGCGUCCAGGAAACCGACUCCGCAGCUCUCCGUGUACUCGAUCGAGGACGCAGCACCGGACGAGCAAGAGAUGGAGAAUUACCUUCUGCUAACCGCCGGCCUACACAAGCUCAUGCAGGCUGAGCGAACGCUGGUCGCGAGAAUCUUGCCGGCUUCGUUGCAAGCCCAAGUGCUCGAGGCUACCGUUCGCGAUGCGAUGGAUCUCGUCGCGCACGAUGGGGAUAGCAUAGCUACGCGCGCCAAACGAUGCAUCUCGAGACGUGACUUCUCCGCGGUUCUCGUCGUGUUCCCGAUUCUAAAGCACCUCGGCGAAUUGAAACCCGAUCUCGAGAGAACGGUCGAGGGCUGUGAUUACGCGCUACGCUCCAAGUUCGCAUCAGUACUCGAUACGUUGAACGCAACUGGUGCCAAAGCCUUGGAAGAUUUUGCAGAAAGCGUGAGAAACGAAUCCGGUGCGGUUUUGCCGAAAGAUGGUACUGUGGCAGAAGGAACUAGUAAUGUUUUAGUUUUUCUGGAACAAUUAGCUGAGUAUGCAGACACAGCCGGUGCUGUUCUUCGUCGUAAUACUGACAUAGAUCAAACGAUAUCAUCCGGAAAAAAUGCGGAAAACGGAUACAGAGUGAUUCUCGGUGUAUAUGUCAAAAAGGUUCUUGCUCAAUUGAAUCUAGCCCUAGUGAGUAAAAGCGAUGCGUCUUACUCUGAUCUUGCAUUACGGGCUUUAUUUCGGCUAAAUAAUCAUAAUUAUGUGGUUAAUGCUCUGCGUCGAAGUUCUCUUAUGGAGCUGCUGCUACUAGCCGAGCCAACCGCAGAACAGACAUAUCACGAUCUACUUUUCAAGGACAGAAACAAUUAUGUCACUACAACAUUUGCCAAAGCACGAUCAUAUCUUGAACAAUCCACAGAUGAAGCAGAUCUCGCCGCCAAAACAUUAAAGGAAAAAUUUUUGGGAUUUACGAGAGAACUCGAGGAAGUGGCCAAGUGUCAACGUUCCUACUCUGUACCUGAUAGACGUUUACGCGAAGAGUUGAGGAAGGAACUGCACGAGGCGAUCGUACCUUUAUACACCGCGUUCCACAACAAGUAUCGCGGCGUGUCAUUUUCGAAAAAUCCGGGCAAAUAUGUCAAAUACACGCCCGACCAGAUUUCGGCGUUGAUUAAUACAUUUUUCGACACCGCCGCGUAAUACAAGCUGUAUUUAUCGAAGAUCAUUCGCGAUAAGGAAUAGUAAAAUAUUUAAUAAACACCCAUUUAAUAAAGCAUAUUUAGUUACAGUAUU